ACCAAUGCAAGAGAAGUCCCGGAGCAGCCAGUGCCUGGAUGACUGCGCCGAUGGGUUAUGUGGGCCGGGGAUUGUGAAAGCCGUUUGUCCGCGUGAUGCAACUUGCUGGAGCUGGAAAAAGACUGCGUGGAAAAUGCUGGCCCCACGCUGGGCACCCGUCCCCAUCUCACCAGGGUCCCAGCUCACCUCCUCGCGAGGUCUGGAGCGCCGCGGGAGCGCUGGGAACGGCAGCCAGGACUCUGCUGGCAGUGGCUCAGCAGUGAUGUGUCAGCUCCGUGUGCGCAAGAUGCCUCCUGAGUGUACGAGCACACGCGACAAAACGUUUGGUGGGAGCUGGGAGCUGCUCGAGCUGGAGCCACUCGUCCCCCCGGGCCGUCCCGUUCAUCCCUGGCUGCUCUGGACACAUAGCGAGUGCUGGCGGGGAGGAGGUGAGCUGAAAAGCACCGGUUUGUGGCUGGCAUUUGCAUGGGAGCAGGUGCUGGGGUGGUGCCUGCCCAGCCCACAGAUAUUUAUCUCUGGGACACGUGGGGCCGGACUAGGCGGUGAGGAGCUGGAGCUGGAGAAGGGCUGUUUGGAGACUUGUUUGAGCGUGCGCGUGGCCGGCGGCUGCAGCACGACUGACCCGUGGCAGUGCGUGACACUGCAGCAGCGCUGCCCGUCCCUGCCAGGGUGCGGGAGCUACGGGGAGCGCCACGGCUGGUGGGCUGCGGACGGCGCCGGGGGUGGGUAA